AUGAUGGGCGUGACAGCCUUCUACUUUGGGAUGGAGCUUGAUAGCUCGGGUAUGGCUAAGAACACAUAGGUGGCACAAUCUAUCUCACAGCCUACAUCUGGCAGACAGUGCCCUCGACCCUUCGACGGCGGUGGUAUCUCCUUCUCUCACGGAAUCACAAAUCUUUUGUUUGGACAACUGGCGUAGUACAACCUGGAUUUCCUGCUACUACUACACAGUACAGUAGUAGUACUACUGUGGCGGCUGCGGAUACUGGAUUCCUGGACGUGUUCACCUGAAGGAAAAAGCCAAGAGAACCUGCAAGCAGGACUUGGCUCCCUCGUGACUUCCUAGUGGCUCGCUAGGUUCGGACGAGGGUAUGUGUGGAGCUAUGGCAGUCUAUGUAUUGAUGUUUUGUUUGAUUCAUCUAGCUGCUGGCACGAUGACUGUUGGAUCUUGGGAGUGUACGAUCAUCAAAUUGGGAGAUGCAGCAUACCACGAUAUCCUGGCUUCGGCUGGGCUUGAAAUAACCCUUUUGCUGUCCUCCGCUCUUUGCAUCAGUGGCUUCCUAGGUUCGGACGAGGGCAUUUGUGGAGCUAUGGCAGUCUAUGUGUUGAUGUUUUGUUUGAAUCAUGUAGCUGCUGACACGACGACUGUUGGAUCUUGGGAGUGUACGAUUAUCAAAUUGGGAGAUGCAGCAUACCACGAUAUCCUGGCUUCGGCUGGGCUUGAAAUAAUCCUUUUGCUGUCCUCCGCUCUUUGCAUCAGUGGCUUCCUAGGUUCGGACGAGGGCAUGUGUGGAGCUAUGGCCGUGUAUGUGUUGCUAUUUUGUUUGAGUAAUCUAGCUGCUGACACGAUGACUGUUGGAUCUUGGGAGUGUACGAUUAUCAACUUGGGAGAUGCAGCAUACCACGAUAUCCUGGCUUUGGCUGGGCUUGAAAUAACCCUUUUGCUGUACUCCGCUCUUUGCAUCAGUGGCUUCCUAGAUUCGAGCGAACGCAUUUGUGUAGCUGAGAUGUGUGUCUACGUGAAAGAACACGUGGAGAGAGUCGUAUUGGCAUUCGCAUCAAGCGUAUUGCGCAUUUUUCGAAUUUUGGCCCCCUUCCAGGGACCUUGAUUUUUACCCGCUGGCACUGACGUCGUUUCAUUGGUCAGCCGGUUAGCG